CGGCCUUUCAUUCUGGACUCAAAAGGCAUCAAGAAAGGUCGUGUGUUGUUGACUUCUACUGCCUCCGGGAUUCUGCUGGGAGAAGCACCAGAAGGACUCUUGAGUAGAGGGCCUAAGCGAAAAGGUCUACUCUGAUGCGCUAGGCGUUUGUAGCUCAGAUAAGAGACUACUAUCUCUGAUAGUACCAGUACUCUUCGACCGCCUCCGAGUCCCUGGCACUAGUAGAUUUUCAAUCUGUCUCUAGGCUGAGUUGACUUGACUAUCAUCCCAUCCCGCCCCUCCACCUCUUUGUCUCCUCCUCUCUCUUCCCCAAAUAAUCUUUUCAGCCUUUCCCUCUGCCUUGCACAAGUUUGCAGGUUUCCGGACUUGCAAAGUUUCGUAUCCCAUUCCUCAAUUCUCUUCAUUCCUUUACUCUCUGGGUUGCCAUCUUGCAACCAAAACCACCUUCGCAAUGGGCGACAUAAUGGAGAUUGACAGCCCUCUGCCUUUGACAGGCAGAAAGAGGAGUUUUGACGGCCAGCUUCCUGCAUACAAGAGACUGGUAAGUCUGAAAAUUUUCGGGCCAUGCAACAUAUUUCUAAUCAUCAAUAGGAACCUGCCGGAGGGCCAGUUCUUGCCAGCACAUGGAACACUGAAAACGAAACGACCUCCUUCCGAACAUUCAGCUUCAAGUCCUCGAGUCUUCCUUUUGGACAACCCAUUGAUUUCGCCUCAAUCAGUGGGCCAACCUACGUGACAGCUCAAACUCUCAUCCAACAAGUGGCAUAUUCUCUGUCCGACAAGAUAUUCUCCUACUCUCCCGAAUCCUUCGAUUUGGACAUUGCAGUAAAGAAUUGGUCAGCACAAAACAUCAAGAAUACCAAUGGCUACACUACCCAAGUUGCGCCUAUGCAAACGCGUUCAGGUGCCGGAUCGAUUGCACUCGGGUAUAUGUUUUCCAAGGAUUUUGAUCUCGCCAAGCGACACAUCCCCCAAUCGCUUUUAGCCUCUUCUUCCAGCCUGCAUCAUCUACGCGCUGCACUGGAUCAACUUGCACUACUUUAUUCGGUAGCCAAUCCCUUCAUUGCACAUGUUGCUGCAGUUGAUUAUGCCCCCGGCCCAUCUGGGAGGUUGGUUACCGAUUAUGCUACUGCCAUGACAACUGCCGAAGAAUUGGGCCUGGGUCUGGUUGCUAGCUCGUCAGCAUAUGAAAUCCAACACAUGGCAUUAUUCUCUACCGUGGUCGCUAGCGUGUUGCCAACUAUUCAUAUAUAUGAUGGGAUCAACGUCGGUCGUGACACCCUUCGUGUCAUUGACGUUUCUAGCCAGGCUGGGUUGAACUCUACAUAUAAAAGUGUUCUCAGUGUACUUCCCAAGGUUAGCAAGAAAGCUGAUGCCGAAACCAAGGUCACUCAAUUGCUCAAUGCAUUGAACAAUGAGCUUGGAACUGACUAUAAUUUGUUCGAAUAUUCUGGUCACGCUUCUGCCGAAACGGUAUUGGUUGUUUUUGGCAGCGUUGAAGCAUCCAUUGCCAAGCAAGUUGGUGAAAAACUGGCCAAUGUAGGCAAGAAAGUGGGUGUUGUCAACGUACGAGUUUACAGACCAUUUUCCGAAGAAUCAUUCCUGAACGCCUUGCCUGCUUCAGUUCAGAGUAUCCUUGUUCUUGGCCAAGUUUUGGACCAGACUGCUGUAUCUGACCAGUCCACCCACUCCAACCUCUAUGAGGAUGUAUUGGCUGCAACAACUUUCUCCGACAAGUUCACAACAAGCCCUUCUGUUGUUGACCGAAAAUAUGCUCGUGCAGAGCCAAUCACACCAGCUUUCAUCUCUUCAAUUCUUGACCAAUCAGCUGGCAAGGAAUCCGAGACUGAGCAGAUCCAACUUCUUAACGUUGAGAAAGUCAAACAAUACACUUUCUGGGACCUGGAGGAUUCGGCUGCUUCAACCGCUCCAUCAGCCGUUAGCAAAUUGCUUUCUGACGAUCCUACCAAUAAUGUUGUUGUCAACCAAACUCAUGAUAAUUUGAUUCAGGGCGGUAUUGUUCGAACUGACAUUCGCAGCUCCAAGCAAACCAUUGAAGCAUACUAUCCGAUCGAGUUUGCCGAUGUUGUGUAUAUUGGUGAUGAGAAACUUUUGAAAGAAGUUGCGAUCGGCAGCAAUGUUAAGACUAACGGAAAACUCAUCGUCAAGCUUCCAGGUGUCAAGGACGAGGACUUGGAGAAGAAACUCCCUUUGACUAUUCGAAAUGAUAUCAAGUUCAGAAACAUUCAAUUGAUUGUUCUUGAUACCACACUUUCCGCUGCGGUUGAGAAGGAUUCUGCAGUCGAGGCUCUCCUCAUUGAAGUCGCCUUUCUCAAGGUUGCUCUAACGGACUCAGUUGCAGCUGGACCACAAAAGCUCGCUCAAAUCAAUGGUGGAUUGGAAUUAUUGCAAGAAGUGGCCUCUGAUAUUGACAAGUCCCUUCGCCAAGUCGAAAUCCCAGGACAAUGGGGCGAGGUUGAUGUCGCUGCCGAAGUUUCUGAGCUCCCAAAAACCAUCAAAUCAACCAGCUUCACCGGUUUUGAGAAAGAGGAAAAGGAAGAACCAUCUCUUCUCCGUGAUUGGCAAUCGGCAGCAAAGGGUCUCGCAUUCAAAGAAGCUUAUGGUACCACAACUGCUCUCCGACCUGAUUUGACCGCCAAGACAUACGAAAUCACAGUCCAAGAGAACCGUCGUCUAACCCCGAUUACCUACGACCGUAACAUCUUCCACAUCGAAUUCGAUCUCGGGAACUCUGGUCUAACCUACAACAUCGGCGAAGCCCUAGGAAUCCACGCCGAAAACGAUGUUGAACAAGUCAUCCAGUUCAUGGAAUGGUACGGUCUCAACGGCCUCGAUGUUGUCGAGGUACCCUCUCGUGAAGACCCCUCGGUCCUCGAUACCCGCACCGUCUUUCAAUCACUGGUCCAAAAUAUCGACAUCUUUGGCAAACCACCAAAACGUUUCUACGAAUCCCUCGCGGAAUUCGCCACCGACGAGGCGGAAAAGAAAGAGCUCCUCACUCUUUCCAGUCCUGAGGGCGCAAAUGAAUUCAAACGUCGCGCAGAAGUGGACACCAUAACCUACGCCGACAUCCUCCUCGAAUUCCCCUCCGCGCACCCCUCAUUCCACGAUAUCGUACGCAUCGUCUCCCCCAUGAAGAGAAGAGAAUACUCCAUCGCCUCCUCCCAAAUGGUAAACCCCACCACCGUCGCCCUCAUGAUCGUAGUCGUCUCCUGGGUCGACCCCAAAGGACGCGACCGCUUCGGCCAAGCAACCAAAUACCUCGUCGACCUCCCCAUCGGCGCCAAAGUCACCGCAAGCGUCAAACCCUCCGUCAUGAAGCUCCCCACACUCGACACCUCCCCCCUCAUCAUGGCCGGUCUCGGCACGGGCCUUGCCCCCUUCCGCGCCUUCGUCCAGUACCGCGCCCUGCAAAAGAGCCAGGGCAUCCCCAUCGGUGCCAUCCUGCUGUACAUGGGCUCGCGACAUCAACGGGAGGAGUACCUCUACGGCGAGGAAUGGGAGGCCUACCGCGACGCGGGGGUCAUUACCCUCCUCGGCCGUGCGUUUUCGCGUGAUCAGAAGGAGAAGAUCUAUAUCCAGGAUCGGAUGCGUGAGACGAUGGGGGAUAUCGUCAAGAGUUAUGUGCAGGAUGGAGGGAGCUUCUAUCUUUGUGGCCCGACGUGGCCGGUGCCGGAUGUAACGCAGGUUCUUGAGGAGGCGGUUGUGGAGGAGGGGGUGAGGAGGGGAAAGAAGGUGGUGGGUGCUAAGGAGAUUGAGAGGUUGAAGGAGGAGGGACGGUAUGUUUUGGAGGUUUAUUAGGGGUAGGAGGAGUGUGGGGGGGUUAGAGAGAUGGGAGGGGAGUGAUGUAGAUAUGAGAUUUUAGUAGGGUGACAUCAAAU